CUAUCCUUCUCUCUCUCGACUUCAAAGGCUCCUACUCAUAGGGUCGCAUUGGCACUGCAGCAGGCGCAUCUGUCAUGGCAAACAAUCAUUUCAGCACCCACAACGGCGACGCCGACCCACUCAAGCCGGCGUUUCCAAACUCGUCGGCGAUGAAGCAGAGGAAAAAGCCGGCGACCUUCUCCCGAGCCAGCUCCGACGUCGAUGACAUAAUCAACCUCUUGCACGGCUCCGAUCCAGUCAGAGUCGAGCUCAAUCGUCUCGAGAAUGAAGUUCGAGAUAAGGAUAGGGAAUUGGGAGAUGCUCAUGCUGAAAUCAAGUCACUCAAGUACUAUGAACGAUUGAAAGAGAAAGCAGUUGAAGAAUUAACAGAUGAGCUAAAGAAAGUGGAUGAGAAACUGAAGGCAACUGGACUCCUCUUAGAAAGCAAAAAUCUAGAGAUUAAGAAGAUAAACGACGAGAAGAAGGCUGCUCUAGCUGCUCAAUUUGCAGCAGAGGCAACACUAAGAAGAGUUCAUGCUGCUCAGAAAGAUGAUGAAAUGCCCCCAAUUGAAGCCAUUAUCACUCCACUUGAGGCAGAGCUGAAGCUGACACGCUUGGAGGUAGCGAAGUUGCAGGAUGACAACAGAGCAUUGGAUCGUCUCACCAAAUCUAAGGAGGCUGCUCUACUUGAAGCUGAGAGAACUGUUCAGAUGGCAUUGACAAAAGCAGCUUUGGUUGAUGAUCUGCAGAAUAAAAACCAAGACCUCAUGAAACAAAUCGAAAUAUGCCAGGAGGAAAACAGAAUAUUAGACAAAAUGCAUCGCCAGAAAGUCGCGGAAGUUGAAAAGCUUACUCAAACUGUUCGUGAGCUCGAGGAGGCAGUUUUAGCUGGUGGGGCUGCUGCUAAUGCUGUGCGCGACUACCAGAGAAAAUUUCAAGAAAUGAAUGAGGAGAAAAGAAUAAUGGACAGAGAGCUUGCUCGGGCAAAAGUAAACGCGAAUCGGGUUGCAACUGUAGUUGCAAACGAAUGGAAAGAUGGGAACGAUAAAGUGAUGCCUGUGAGGCAAUGGCUGGAAGAAAGAAGAUUCUUUCAGGGAGAAAUGCAACAACUUCGUGAUAAACUAGCAGUAGCUGAUCGCACAGCAAAGGCUGAAGCGCAAUUAAAAGAAAAAUACUUGCUCCGCUUUAAAGUUUUGGAAGAAAAGCUUAAAACACCAUUUAAUGGUGUUUCCCGUGGCCCCCCCACCAUUGAACGAAGAAGCGUAAGCAAUGGCCGAGCUCGUCGCCAGUCCAUUGGUGGAGUUGAAACCUUGUCCAGACCGAUAACCAACAGUUACUUAUUGAAAAGAUCAAAUUCUGCCUACGCAGCUGCUAAAGCAAUGAAGGGGAAAGAUGAGUGCGAGAGCAGUGAAAAUAAUGGGAUGGGAAGAACGGAAGCUGAAGAAGUAGAUAGCGUUUCUGGAAUUUUAUACGAUAUGUUGCAGAAAGAGGUUGUGAUGUUGCGGAAAGCUUGUCAUGAGAAAGAUCAGAGCCUUAAGGACAAAGAUGAUGCUAUCGAGAUGCUGGCUAAGAAGGUUGAGACACUAAAUAAAGCUAUGGAAGUGGAGGGGAGAAAGACUAGGAGGGAUUUGGCUGCAAUGGAAAAGGAGAUAACUGCAAUGCGUAAAGAGGAGCAAGAUCCAAGGACACGGCGAACUGGGGCAAUUCGGGGCCAACAAUUUGGCACUCAGUCGCCUUUUGUAAGAAGGAACAUAUGAAAUAUGCAGCAAAGAGAAGAAUAUACAGUGAAAGCUCAUAUGUGAAAGCAUAUAUAAAGUAUGUAGGGAUUUAUAUAUAUCCUUUACCCCUCUCUUCUUCUUCUUCAACUUUUUAAAGCUAUUUAUGGUUAUCUGAUGGGUGGUGUUCUUGGUUUGAUGUUUGUUGUAUAUUUUUUGUAUUGAUAAUGUGACAAGGCAUUCUAUUUAUAUUUUGAUGUGAUCUUACUUGA